GGCCCCACGUGGUACAUUAAAUCUCUUCCUUAAAUCCUUCCGCUUUGUUAAGUUGCCGCCAAAUGGUCACUUUCACCUUUAUUCGACACGGACAAUCCACUGAUAACGUGAAAAGGGUUUGGGCAGGAUGGAAAGAUGCUCCUUUAUCAAAUCAUGGCAUGAAACAAGCGACGGCUUUAGGCAAAUGGUUCUCUGACAAGGGUAUACAUUUUACUGCAAUACUAUCUUCAACCCUGGAUCGUGCAGCAACCACCGCUGAAGUGAUUUUGAGCCAUCAGCCAGGACCUCAUCCUCCGCACAUAAAGUCUCUCCUAUUACGGGAACAACACUUCGGUAGUGCAGAGGGAAAAUCCUGGUCGAGGAAGUCAUACUCUGGGGCAACAUUAGAAGAAGAAAAUCGUAGUCAAGGAACAUCCACGAAUCAUUCGAGACGCAGUGAUCGUUUUCCCGGAGGCGAGAGUAGAAAGGAUUUGGCUGCGCGCGCAGAGCGAGUUAUCGACGAACUCCUGUUACCAUAUAUCUUGAACACAACAGGGCCAGUUCCUUCUCACGUUGCGGUCGUUAGCCAUGGGCUGUUUAUCAGAGAAAUUGUGGAUGCUUUGUACCGGCGCGAGUUUGGAGGCGAAGGGAUGCAGAACAAUCAUCGUGGUCUCAGUAACACUGGGUGGACAAAGGUGAUUGUAAACGUGAAGCGGUCGAUUAUCCCGACUUCUCCGCCCUCGGUGUCAAAACUUGACUUGAGUGUACGAAUAACGGCUAUCAAUGAACAUGAGCAUCUCGACAAUCUUGUACGGCAGAAAGGGGGAAUUGGUAGUUUGGCUCAUGAUCCUAAGCAGAAAGAUAUUCGCGGAUUUUUUGCAGGUAGUACCGGUGCCAGUUCAUCAAGCAAAUCGUGACAUGUGUCCAUCCAUUCUUCGAAGCUGCAUUGGAAUAUCAGUUGUGG